CAAUAUAAAUGAAAAUGAAAGGAAAGUUAAAGAAAGAUUAUAUUGAGCGGUAGACAUGAGCAGCAGCAAGAAGAAGAAACACAGAGAUUUGAAACAUAAAACAAAAACAGAGUUACAUUAUUGUUGAAAACUAUAGCGGCAUGGUUACAUUAUCCCUUUUCGUUUUAUCUUCCUUAAUCCUCUUCUUCAUACAACCUUCUUUUUCUUCUUCUUCUUCCACCACACAUUCCUUAAUCAAUAUCCCUAAUUUCGACAACGACGUCGAUCUCUUCGGCGAUGCCAAGGUUUUCGCCGAUAAAUCCGGUGGUACUGGGACCCACGUUAAACUCACCCACCACUCUUCUCUCGCCGCCGGUCUUCUCCUCCGCCGUCAACCCAUCAUUUUCACCGACACCGCCUCCUUCUCCGUCGAAUUCACCUUCUCCAUUUCUCCCGACGCCGGCGGCGGUCUCCUUUUGAUUAUCAUCCCCGGCAAUCUCGCUGCCGCUUUCCCUGGUAACGGUUCCUACGGAUUUUCUCCUUCGACGACGAAUAGUUUCCUCGGCGUUGAAUUCGACACCUCGAAAGACGAUAAUGUCGGUGAUUUAAACGCGAAUCACGUCGGAAUCGACUUCGGAAGCCUCGUCUCCGUCGCGGUUGCGAAUGUUUCUGAUUCGAAUAUGGUUCUCAAUAGUGGCAAAAAGUUGAAAGCUUGGGUUGAUUAUGAAGCUGGGUCCCACAUUUUAGAAGUUAGGUUAAACAAAUGGAAUGAAGACAAAUCUUUGAAUCCUAUUGUUUCACAUAACAUUGAUUUGUUUAAGAUUUGGGGUAGCCAACCUGUGUAUAUUGGUUUGAGUUCUUCCAAUGAUGCUGAUUCUGUUCAAGUUGUUCGUGUUUAUUCAUGGAAGCUUAAUUUGAGAAAUGUUUCAACAAAUUCAUUGCAUUCUCAACCUGUUGAUCCAAAUGGGUUAUCUGAUGAAGAAGCUAAGCUUGAUGCGAAUCGAAAGUUUCGACCUUUGACACUUCUUGCUGGUGUGAUUUUUGGGACUGUUUGUGUUGUUUUGGUGACAUUUGUGGUUUUGUUUAUGUGGGUAAUUUUUUUCCAUAAAUAUGAAGAAGAGUCUCUUGCAAAAUUACCUGAACACCCUUCUGAUGUAAGGUAUGAAAGGAUUGAUGUUGCUGUUGACAAAAAUGCUGAAGAGACUGAUCAACAUUAAGAACAUAUAGGUGAUGAUGUGAAUUCUUUUGCUAGUAGGAGAUUGUGAUGAUAUUGUUAUUGUUGUUCUUUUUUGUGUCUAUAUAAUUUGGAAAAAUUCUUUUGUAGGAGAUUAUGAUAUUGUAGAUUCAUUGUAAUAACCAACCUUGUAAAAUAUUUGUACUUCCUGAUUUGGGAAUGGGAAUCCACUUUUCAUUGAUUCAAAUCUUGCACUUUGAAUUUUGUAAUAUGUGAUCCUUGGUAGCAUAUAAAAUGUUCUCAGUUGCUUA